AAAAGUAUUUGCACAUAGUGUAUAUGACUCUCGUAAGAUGAAAUGAAACAUUUUUUAAAACAGUAACAGUGUUGCCGAGUUCGCUCAAAUAAUCACAUGCACAGCUGCCACCUGCUGGUGAAGAGCGGAACGUCUCUAAUUGUUGUUCCCCCAAUUAAACCAGUUUAAAAAAGUUACAUAACAGAUUCAUUCAUGCAGACAUGAACAAUUAUACAUUUAACAACUGUCUAUAAAAUCUUAAUUGUGUAAGUAUCAGCACCAUCUCUGCUUAGGACUGAAAUUUGAGCGCGCUGCGCAGAAUCCGCCCCCUUCCCUCAAGCGUGUCCAGUAGUGUCUCCAGAGAGUCUUGAGCUUUAUUUUAAUGACCUUUGCUUGACUUUUCCACCAAUUUACAGGUGUGCUAUCACAGGUGGACAGCGACAUGGAGGGACGGCAGCUACAGCAGGUUUUGAACACGCAGAGACUGAAGUCACUACAAGAAUGGAUGCAGAAAAGCUCAAUCACUUUAACACAGGUCAAUGGGCAGAGGAAAUAUGGUGGUCCUCCUCCGGGGUGGCAAGGUCCUGUUCCCGGGCCGGGCUGUGAGGUUUUCAUCAGUCAGAUCCCACGCGACAUCUACGAGGACUGCCUGAUCCCUCUUUUCCAGAGCAUUGGCACUAUUUACGAGUUUCGUCUCAUGAUGAACUUCAGCGGGCAGAACCGAGGCUUCGCCUACGCAAAGUACGGUGACCCCCUCACCGCCGCCUCCGCCGUCAUGACCCUGCAUCACUACCGUCUGCCGGAAGGGGGCUGCCUGAUGGUGCGCAAGAGCACAGAGAAGCGGCAGCUGCGUCUGGGGGAUCUUCCGACUAGCAUAAAUCAGCUGGAGUUGCUGACGGUGCUGCGAAUGCUGUCUGACGGGGUGGAGGAGGUCCUGCUGAAGACGGCCGGGCCCAAAGGGAGAGAGGUUGUGGCUCUAGUGAACUACUCCUCCCACUACGCCGCAUCCAUGGCCAAGAAAGUGCUUGCGCAAGCUUUUAAGAAGCAGUACGGCAUUUCUAUUACCGUGAAAUGGACGUCCUUCUCCAAGUCAAAGCAUGUAUCUGAGACCGGACAAGAAGACGGCACCUUUACCCCACCUGGUCUGAGUCCCCUCCCCAAACCCUCCAUCACCCCUCCCCACCUGCACCCUCAGCCCUCCCUUCAGGAUGUCCCAGCCCACCCCCCUCUCCAGUCCUUCUUCCGGGCCGUGGGGGGUCUGGCCGGUCCGCCGAGAGAUGAGAUGAAGCCUCAAGGCCCUGUGAACCGCGACGCUGUGUCUCUGCUGCAGUGGAUGUGCGAGGUGAACCGACUCGGCACUCCUCAGUAUGAAGUCCGCUUCCAUCACGCCAGCUCCGACGGCUUCCUCUGCUUCAGCUACAAAGUCCUGAUCCCGUGCUUUCUUAUUCCCCUGUAUGGGGUUAUCCAGAUCCUUCCAGGCCCCAGCAUUCAGGCCACGAAGGAGGAGGUUUAUCGAGCCGUCGCCGAGCUGGUGAUCCAAACCAUCUGUAAAGUCUCAAAUGCGCGACCUUUCUAAAAUUUGAGCUGUUAAUGUAAUGUAACGUUAUCAGUUUUACGUUCAGUAUUAUGGUAUUAUGGUUUGAAGGCAUGUACUGUUUCAGAUGAAUGAGUGGAAAUGAAUGAUUAAACGAGUAUUUAGUUUAAUGUUAAAGGGAAAAAAAAAAGCCAAUCUGGGCAGUGGAUUUCUUUUCAUUUUACAAGCUCUUGAAUUCAGUGGUAUGAAAAAGGUUUGAAGUAUUAUGUUCUCGUUGGUAUAAUGUUUUAUGGUAUUUUAACAAUGCAAUAUUAAUCAUUUGUAAUUUUAGUCAGCCUCAUCACAUUUGGAUGAUUGCAUGUUUUCACAGCUUCUUAUUUUGAGUGUUUUUCACGUAUUUGAUUUUUCACGAUUUGUUUUGCGUGUUUGUCACGUUUGUUGACUUUGCAUGGUGUGCUCUUGUUUCCUUGUUUGAUGGGUUGUACUGACUAGAAAUGACUUUUGUACAGUAAAUAAGUUGUUCAAGAAA